AUGGCAGCAAUGAAUAGUGAUCUGGGUGGCUUAGGUCCUAGACCUGCAAAUGCACCACCAAAUCCUUUUGAAAGUGCCAUGUAUGGUGCUGGACCUGGACUGAUCCGUACUGGACUUGGAGCAUAUGGAGAGAAAUUUCUUGGUUCGAGUUCUGAGUUCAUGCAGAGCAAUAUUACUCAAUAUUUGUCCGACCCUCAAUACUAUUUUCAAGUCAACAGCCAGUAUGUGAGGAACAAACUGAAGGUCGUCUUGUUCCCUUUCUUUCACAGGGGCCAUUGGACGAGAAUAACUGAACCUGUAGGAGGAAGGCUAUCGUACAAACCUCCAAUUCAGGAUAUCAAUGCACCAGACCUGUACAUCCCUUUGAUGGCGUUUGGCACCUACAUUGUCAUUGCUGGAUACGCAUUGGGAGUCCUUGGAAGGUUUACCCCUGAGGCACUGACCCUACAAUUCACGAGAGGUCUAGUUGGCUGGUUUCUGCAAGUCGUCCUCAUCAAAGGUUUGCUGUACUCCCUGGGCAGUGGUGAAGCGCCAUUGCUAGACAUUGUGGCGUAUGCUGGGUAUGGAUUUGCUGGCACAUCUCUUGCGAUGCUGGCCCGCAUCUUCUGGAGCUACUUAUACUACUUCAUCAUGCCAUGGUUCUGUCUCUGCACUGGCGUGUUCCUCGUGAAGACCAUGAAGAGAGUUCUUCUGGGUGGACCAAGGAGUUACGAGCGGCAUCCGAGUCGAAACCACUACUUUCUGCUCUUCCUGGCGGUCGUUCAGUUCCCGAUGCUGUUUUGGCUCGGCAACAUCAGUGGUGAAUGA